AGCGUGCUGUAGCAUCUCCUUCACGCUGUGCCUACCCUGGCAUAGUGGAAAGCAUGCUUUCCGCCGUCCAUUUGCGAAAGUAAUAAAAAUAAGCGCUGCGCCUCGACGAUCAUAAUCAUGAAGGCGCAGUCAGCUUCGCCUGCGCAAAGUUACCGGCAGCGCCGCCUGGGCGUAUUGCCUCAGGCGCCUACCGGUAUCGUGCGCGCGGAUGCCCUGGCGGCGGCGGCUUCCUUCCGCGCACAAGUUCCUAGACGUUCAUUCAGGACCCAUCAUGGAGCGUCGCAUCGAGACGCGCUUAUUGUACCUAGGGGCGCUAACAGCAGCGUACCCAAGCAUCAGACUUGGCUGGCGAAUGGCUUCGCCGACGCGCCGGAUUCUCCUUUCCACGAGUUGAAGCUCACCAACCAGGAGCGAAAUGCAGGCCGGCGGCGCCAUUACUCGGCGGAACUACUCCUUCCUGUGCCGCCCCGAGUCCCAGCAGCCAGCUGAUGUCGACUGGAGCGCUUUGUUCGAUGAUCCUUCUAAACCCUUGGUCGUGGACCUUGGCUGCGGAGCUGGCCGUUACAUCUUGCUCAUGGCACACCGCCAGGGCCCCGGCAAGAACUACCUGGGCAUCGACGUUCAUAAAGCGUUACUAGACCGCGCCAACGGCUGGGCCGCCGCUCGCCGCAUGUCCGGCCACGUGCGCUACCUGCAGGCGCAUGCGGUGCUGUCCGCGGGUCAGCUGCUGGGCUGCUACCCGGGUGCGGUGGAGCUGGUGAGCGUGCAGUACCCCGACCCGCAGCAGCGGCGGCAGCGCCACAUGGUGGGGCGGGAGCUGGUGGAGGCGCUUGCACGGGUGUUGAAACCGGGAGCGCGCGUAUACCUGACAUCGGAUUUCGAGGACACCGCGGCUUACAUGCGGAACGCCUUCGAGCGAUACGGUGGCGGCUGCUUUCGAGUGGACGACGAGGUACACACAACGCAGCGGGUGUUCCCAUGCACGCCGCUGACACCCCCUGGAGCCGCGGCGGUUGCUGACGUUGGCAGUGGGGUGGCUGCAACGGGUGCGCUUGCCGGAACACCCGUUCCAGCCACCGCACUGAAGCCGCCGCUAGAAGGCGAGGGUGGGGAAAGCGGUGGUGGCUUGUCUCAUGGCACGAUCGGAAAUGGCGGGGUAUGUGAGGGGGGUGGCAGCGGCAACAGCAACGCUGCAACGGUCGGUGCUUGGAGCGAGCGGCAUAGAGGCGACAGUGGAGGCGAGGAGGAGGAGGAUUUGUUGGCGUUUCAGGGUUCUUGGCAGGAAGCAGGGUGGUUGGAGGAGAACCCCGUAGGAGCACCGACGGAGAGGGAGGUGUAUGUGGAGAAGGCGAGCAAGGGACGGGUCUACCGAGUGCUGCUGGUUCGGCGGUAGUAGCGGUGGGUUGCAACGAGCGUUGCAAGGCAUGAGCAAUCGUCCAGUGUAAAAUAACGGAAC